CCUUCCUGUGCCGCAUCUCUCUUUCGCUCGGGCUCGCGGCGCCGGGAAGAUGGGCAAGUGUCGUGGUCUUCGUACUGCCAGGAAACUCCGUAGCCACCGACGGGACCAGAAAUGGCAUGAUAAACAGUACAAGAAAGCCCAUUUGGGGACAGCGUUGAAGGCCAACCCUUUUGGAGGCGCUUCCCAUGCAAAGGGGAUCGUGUUGGAAAAAGUAGGGGUUGAAGCCAAACAGCCAAAUUCUGCCAUCAGGAAGUGUGUCAGGGUCCAGCUAAUCAAGAAUGGCAAGAAAAUCACAGCCUUCGUACCCAAUGAUGGUUGCUUGAACUUUAUUGAGGAAAAUGAUGAAGUUUUGGUUGCUGGAUUUGGUCGCAAAGGUCAUGCUGUUGGUGACAUUCCUGGAGUCCGCUUUAAGGUUGUCAAAGUAGCCAAUGUCUCACUUUUGGCCUUAUAUAAAGGCAAGAAGGAAAGACCAAGAUCAUAAAUUUUGAUUAUGCAAAGCAAACACAGUAAUAAUAAAUUUUCAUAUGCCAAAAAUA